UGUUUAAAGUUCAAAUUUUAGGUUAGAAUUAAUAUUUUUGAGGUUAAGUCUGCAUAGUGCUUUCAAAAAAGAAAAAGAUGUUACCAAGAAUAAGAUUUUCAAAAUUAAUUAAUAAAAAAAUAAGUAAAAUUAAGCACCAUGGUAAGCUACGCAAGUAUAGCACGGAAUUUAAUGAAUGUGAAACGGACGUAGCUUUUUCUAAUGGUAUUAAUUUAAAGAUUUCUUCUGGAAAGUAUGCAAGAUUUGCUGAUGGUUGUGCUGUAGCUACGUUGGGUGACACUUCCGUAAUGGUUACGGCCGUUUCAAAAACGAAAUCCACUCCUAGUAAUUUUUUACCUUUGGUAGUAGAUUAUAAACAAAAAUCCGCCGCAGCGGGUAGAAUACCAACAAAUUUUUUUCGUAGAGAAUUAGGUCCGACAGAACGCGAAAUUCUAACAUCAAGAUUAAUUGAUCGAAGUUUACGACCGCUUUUCCCAGAAAAUUACAAUUUUGAAACACAAUUAAUGUGUAAUAUGUUGGCUGUAGAUAGUGUAAAUAACCCAGAUGUGAUUUCAAUAAACGCAGCAUCCGCAGCUUUAAGUUUGAGCGAUAUACCUUGGAAUGGUCCAGUCGGCGCUGUACGUGUGGGUUUAAUCGAUAAUGAAUUACUAAUAAAUCCAACUAGAAAGGAAAUGCAAUCUUCUGAUUUAAAUUUAAUUGUUACUGCAACAAAACAUAAUUUAGUUGUGAUGUUGGAAGCUCAAGCAAAUUGUGUACAUUUACCAGAAUUUACAAAAGCUAUAAAAAAAGGUACUCAAGAAGCUGUACUCGUUGUGAAUGCUAUUGAAAAAAUGCAAAAAAAAUUUGGUAAACCUAAACGAAAUGUUGAAACGCCAUCAAAUUUAUCAGCGGAAAUCACUGAAGCUUUAGAAAUAUUAUUAAAAACUAGAAUUAGAGAGAUUUUUCAAAAUUAUAAACAUGAUAAAUUAAGUAGAGAUUACGCUUUAAACGAUGUUAGAAAUGAUGUAUCAGAAAAGAUAAAAACAAGUUACCCUGAUGUUGAAUCAUCAUUAAUCAAUGAAGGAAUAAAUAAAGUAAUUAAAGAUGAAUUUCGUGAGUUAAUUUUCGAACAAAAUAUUCGAUGUGAUGGCCGCAGCCUUUCCGAUUUAAGAAACAUAACUUGCCAAGUAGACUUAUUUAAACCACUUCACGGAAGUGCUCUUUUCCAAAGAGGACAAACGCAAGUUUUUUGUACCGUUACCUUAGAUUCACAUCAAAGCGCUUUAAAAAUGGACUCUCUAUCAAUGUUAACAAGCGGUGUUAAAGAAAAAAAUUUUUUCUUACAUUAUGAGUUUCCGCCAUAUGCUACAAAAGAAACAGGUCGAGUUGGACCAAUUGGAAGAAGAGAAAUGGGUCAUGGAGCUUUAGCAGAAAAAGGAUUAAAUGCAACUUUACCAAAGGAUUAUCCAUUUACUAUUAGAUUGACUUCUGAAGUGUUAGAAUCAAAUGGUUCUAGUUCAAUGGCAAGUGUUUGUGGUGGUAGUUUAGCAUUAAUGGAUGCUGGAGUUCCUAUAAUUGCACCAGCUGCUGGUGUUGCAAUCGGUUUAAUGACAAAAUAUUCAAAUAACGAUACAAAACACAUGGAAGAUUAUCGAAUUUUAACAGAUAUAUUGGGUAUUGAAGAUUAUUUAGGUGAUAUGGAUUUUAAAAUAGCUGGUACGAAAAAGGGCAUAACCGCUCUACAAGCUGAUAUUAAAAUACCUGGUUUGCCAUUAAAAAUUGUAAUGGAGGCUGUUCAACAAGGUGUUGAAGCCAAAUCGAGAAUAUUAGAUAUAAUGCAUUCCUGUAUUGAUAAACCAAGACAAAAAUCGAAAGAUAAUUGGCCAGUUAGCGAAACGUUACAAAUAGAACCAAAUAAACGUGGGAAAUUACUUGGUGUCGGAGGUGUGAAUUUAAAGAAAAUAUUUUUAGAAACUGGAGUUCAAAUAAAUCAAGUUGAUGAUAACUCCUACGAAAUAUUUGCACCAAGUCAACAAGCUAUGAAUGAAGCUCAAGAAAUCAUUAAUAAUUUAUUAACAACAGAAAAGAUUCCAGAAUUAGAAUUUGGCGGAGUUUAUAAAGCAACAAUUGUGGAGCUGCGGGAUAUUGGGGUUAUGGUUACUUUGUAUUCGGGAAUGCCCCCCGCUUUGUUACAUAAUUCCCAAUUAGAUCAAAGAAAAGUUGCUCAUCCAUCAGCGUUAGGUUUAGAAGUUGGACAAGAGUUUCAAGUGAAGUAUUUUGGGAGAGAUCCAGUUUCUGGUUUAAUGAGACUUUCACGUAAAGUUUUACAAAGUGCUAGAUAGAUUUUUUUAAAUAAAAUUUUUAAUAAGUGUUAUGUAUUGUA